AUGGCCGAGGGCAAGAGCAGGCUGUCGGACUUCUGUUUUCUAAACAACACCGCCAAUAUACACGCUUGGAUCAGCUCCCUCCGAAAGGCAAACAUGACGCCGACGACCAUACAGCACUAUGCGGUGAAUGUCGGCUGCUUCAUUAAAUACAUUGCUGAAACCCCUCCGCCGUCAUGCCGCCUGUCAAAAAACGCCUUGAUCGGUCUUCGGCGCGAAAUGCUGAGUGUGCGCAAGUCGUUGAAGAGAGGCGUGGCCAUGCACCGGACUUCGGUGAGAGCCAAAAAGGAGGUUCGGGUCAUCGCCAAGGCCACCCUUUUAAAGUGCCGGACCCAGGCGGCGCAGGCCAUCCCGGAGUUAUUGACCCUCCUGGAGAAUGACCCAACACAGAAGAUACUGUGGCAGUUUUACGGGCACUUUGCGGCACUACUUUCUUCAAUCUAUGGCCACAGAGGGGGUGUAUUUCAGAACAUAACAUUCCAGGAGGUGCUGACGGCCCAGAAAUCAACAUCUCAGAAGGCAUAUCUCAUUAAUGUGACCAGCCACAAGACAAAUCAGGCAUUUGGUCCAGCCCAAAUUGCCCUGACCGAGGAGGAGUACCGCUGGGUACAGAGAUUCUUCGGGCUGAAAGACAAGCUGCCAGGCAGGGCCGAUGCAAAGUAUUUGUUUUUCACAUCCACGCUGAACCCCUGCAAAAAUUUAAAUAAUUAUUUCCAGGACGCGUGGAAGUCCAUGGGCCUGCCUGGCUGCCCCACCUUCACUGACGUUCGGACCUCCAUCGCCAGCCACGCUAAGUUCACACACUCCAGUGAAGACAGCAUGAAAAUCUCUAAAUUCAUGUGCCACGAUGUCAGGACAGCAGACAAGUUUUAUGUCACAAACUUGUCUGCCCAGCAGGCCAUGGAACACCGCAGGCUCUUUGAGUCCGCCUUGGAGGGUCCCGAGAGGAGCCCACCAAAGCAGCCAACACCUAAAAAACGGAAGCGGCCUGCAAAAAAGUCCAAAGCGUCAAAAAAGCGUACACCAAAAUCCCCAAAACUCACAUCAGGCAGCACCAGUCAAGAGAAGACGGUGGUCUAUUAUCAGGAGUCUGGGGCGUUCAGUCCUGGGUCCAUCGAGCGUGAAGAAGAGAAUCCAGAGGAGACUGGCCAAAGCAAGGUGGAAGGAGGGCAGAAAGGAGCGGCAGAAGGAGGAGCAGAAGGAGGGGAGAAAGCGGAAGGAGGAGCAGAGGGACGAGCAGGAGAUGGAGCCCAGUUAACCUCGGAGACAUCAUCCACAUCCCAUAAAAGAUACCCAACAAGAAGGGGCCUACCCAACAACUGGAAACAAUCCUCUGAAGGCUGGGAGAGUGCCACCUGGCUCUCCUCUUCUCCUUCAUCCAGCCGAGACACCAUCGGAACCGACGGAUUUUGA